AUGGCUGCUGUGAAUGAAUGGCUGAAUGGUUAUUUGGAGGCCAUAUUGGACGUGGGAAGCAGUGUGAGGAAGAAGAAAAAAAAUGAUGAGAAGGUGAAGAUUGCAAAGUUUCAUGAAGAUGAUAAAGAUGUGAAGGAAGAAAAGUUGUUUAAUCCCACCACCAAGUACUUUGUUGAAGAAGUUGUCAAUAGCUUUGAUGAACAUGACCUUUACAGGACCUGGGUUAAGGUAAUAGCUACAAGGAAUAUCCGUGAACGUAGUAACAGGUUGGAGAAUAUGUGCUGGCGCAUAUGGCAUCUCACUCGCAAAAAGAAACAGAUUGCAUGGGAUGAUGCUCAAAGGCUUGCAAGAAGGCGUCUUGAUCGUGAACAAGGACGUAAUGAUGCUGCAAAUGACCUUUCUGAGCUCUCUGAAGGUGAGAAAGAAAAAGGUGAUGCCAAUCCUCAUGUCAAGGAUAAUAUUUCCAGAAUCACUUCUGAAAUGCAACUUUGGUCGGAGGAUGAUAACUCUAGGAACCUUUAUAUUGUCCUAAUCAGUAUUCAUGGUUUGGUACGAGGUGAUAAUAUGGAACUUGGGAGAGAUUCUGAUACUGGUGGUCAGGUGAAAUAUGUAGUGGAACUUGCUCGUGCUCUAGCCAACACAAAAGGAGUUUACCGUGUUGAUCUAUUGACUAGACAAAUAGCUUCACCAGGAGAAGUGGACUCCAGCUAUGGAGAGCCUAUUGAGACGCUGUCUUACCCCUCUGAUAGCAGUGACUGUGGGGGAGCAUAUAUCAUUCGUCUUCCUUGUGGACCUCGUGAUAAGUAUAUACCAAAAGAAUCCCUUUGGCCUCACUUACCUGAAUUUGUGGAUGGUGCUCUGAGUCACAUUGUGAACAUGGUAAGAGUUUUGGGGGAGCAAGUGAAUGGUGGAAAGCCAGCAUGGCCUUAUGUUAUCCAUGGUCACUAUGCUGAUGGUGGGGAGGUAGCAGCACACUUAUCUGGAGCAUUGAAUGUGCCUAUGGUGCUCACCGGCCACUCGUUAGGCCGGAACAAGUUUGAGCAGUUGCUGAAGCAAGGGAGGCUCUCUAGGGAGGCCAUAAAUUCAACCUACAAGAUCAUGAGGAGGAUUGAGGCUGAGGAGUUUGGUGUGGAUGCUGCUGAAAUGAUCGUCACUAGCACAAGGCAAGAGAUUGAAGAGCAAUGGGGAUUGUAUGAUGGGUUUGAUCUCAAGUUGGAGAGGAAGCUUAGGGUGAGGAGAAGACGUGGAGUGAGUUGCCUUGGGAGACAAAUGCCAAGGAUGGUGGUCAUUCCACCAGGCAUGGACUUCAGCUAUGUUACAACACAAGACACAGUGGAAGGUGAGGGGGAUCUCAACUCACUCAUUGGAUCUGACAGAGCUCAAAGCAAAAGGAACCUACCUCCAAUUGGGUCUGAGAUAAUGAGAUUUUUCACAAAUCCUCACAAACCAACAAUACUAGCCUUGUCCCGCCCUGACCCGAAGAAAAAUGUCAUGACUUUGCUCAAGGCCUUUGGGGAAUGCCAGGCCCUAAGGAAACUAGCUAACUUGACCCUCAUACUUGGCAACAGAGAUGACAUAGAAGAAAUGUCCAACAGCAGCUCUACUGUUCUUACCAUGGUGCUCAAGCUCAUUGACAAGUAUGAUUUGUAUGGUCAAGUGGCUUACCCCAAGCAUCACAAGCAAUCUCAAGUUCCAGAGAUAUAUCGUCUGGCUGCAAAGACUAAGGGAGUGUUUAUCAACCCUGCCCUGGUGGAACCAUUUGGUCUCACACUAAUAGAGGCAGCAGCUUAUGGUUUACCUGUUGUUGCAACAAAAAAUGGAGGGCCAGUGGAUAUUCUGAAGGCACUCAACAAUGGACUCUUGAUUGAUCCACAUGACCAGAAAGCCAUAGAAGAGGCACUGCUAAAGCUUGUUGCAGACAAAAAUCUUUGGCUAGAAUGCCGCAAAAACGGCCUUAAAAACAUCCAUCGUUUUUCAUGGCCUGAACACUGCCGCAACUACCUCUCCCAUGUUGAACAUGGCAGGAACCGCCGCUCCACCUCUCUCUCGGAAAUUACACCCAUUGCUGAAGAACCAAUUAGUGACUCACUGAGAGAUGUAGAAGACAUUUCAUUUAGAUUCUCCACUGAAGGAGACUCCAAGCUGAAUGGAGAGAUGGACCCUGCAGCACGGCAGAAGCAAAUUAUUGAAGCAAUCAUGUGCAGGGUCUCUUCCACUGGCAAUUCUAAUGCCAGUUACUUUCCUGGUAGGAGGCAAAGUCUUGUGGUGGUAGCUGCUGAUUGUUAUGAUAAUGAUGGAAACAUAGCUAAGGCUUUUCAGACAAUUAUCUUGAAUGUGAUGAAAGUCGUGCGACCAGGUGUUAGAGCAGGCAGGAUUGGUGUGGUGCUGCUAACUGGUUUAAGUUUACAAGAGACAAUUGAAGCAUUGAACAGGUCCCAAGUUAACAUAGAGGAAUUGGAUGCUGUGGUUUGCAAUAGUGGAAGUGAAAUGUACUAUCCAUGGAAAGAUUUAUUGCCUGAUGCUGAUUAUGAGGCCCAUGUUGAGUAUGCAUGGCCAGGUGAGAAUAUUAGAUCAUCAAUAUCCAGGCUUGCUAGAAUUGAUGAUGAAGAAGAGAAUGACAUUGUAGAGUAUGCCAGUGCUUGUAGUUCAAGGUGCUACUCCUAUACUGUGAAACCUGAAGCCAUGAUCCGGAAGAUAGAUGAGCUUCGGCAAAGGCUUCGAAUGAGAGGCUUACGAUGUAACCUUGUCUACACUCAUGCAGGAUUGAGAUUGAAUGUGAUACCACUAUUUGCUUCAAGAAAACAAGCACUAAGGUAUCUGUCAGUCAAGUGGGGAAUUGAUCUAUCCAAAGUGGUUGUACUUGUGGGAGAAAAAGGAGAUACAGAUUACGAAGAACUCAUGGCUGGCAUACAGAAGACACUUGUUUUGAGAGGGGCUGUUGAAUGUGGCAGUGAAAGGCUUCUUCGGAGUGAAGACAGUUACAAGAGAGAAGAUGUGUUCUUCCAAGAUAGCCCCAACAUUAUCUAUGCAGAGAAGAGCUAUGAGGACUGUGAUAUUUCAGCAAUUCUGGAGCAUCUCAAAUUAUCAUGA